AUGAAACAAGAAGCAACCGGAAGUGAGAAAGAGGGCGUGGAUGAAACUCCACCACAGUAUGAGACAAAGAUCAUGUCGGAGGCAGGCGAUGCAACUGAGGAUGGGGGUUCCGAGAACGAGUACGACUUCGAGGAAACGGUAGACAAUUGUAUGGGCCCUUCCUUGAGCAGCCCGAACAAAUAUCGAACUUCAGACAACGAAGACGACAGUGACGAAGAAAACACCAGCGACAAUGAAGACGAGGAUGACAAAGGUGAUGCUGUCACUGAUGAAGGCGAAAAUGAGAAGAACUAUAGCACGGAGGAAAACACUGAUGAGCAAAGUGAGGCGGAGUGCGGUGGUGAAGACGAAGGCAAAAUUCCUUCCCAGCAUCGUGGCAGCCAGCCAUUGACCAGACAACCCUUGCGUAAAUCCGACGAGUUCCCAGAAACAGACGGUUCUAGCGAUGAUAGCGGAUCCUUUGAGGACGAGGAGUUCGCUGUCGACGGACAGCAAGAGCCACAGGCAGAGGUGUUGACCAACGGUGCCGAGGAAGAGGCUGACCAGCAUGUCGUUAACCCCGAAAUGCCACCUUCAGGUCAAGUUGUGCGGGCUGAGCGCCUAGAACAGAUGGCCAAAUCCAACGGCAAAUCUUUCACCAAGAGACACCUAGAUGAGGAUGAUGCUUUCCACGGCGGUCAACAGGCAUUAUCCAAGCGCCAGAAGAUGACAAGGGGGAUCGGUUCCGCAACCGGCCUUGAGAAAGGGGCUAUAGGUCAAGCCAAGUCAGUCAUGACCAGCUCGAGUGGCAACUGGCCACCUCUCCGGUCGACGAAAACAUUCUCUAAACUCUCGCUGGCUGAGCAAUCCCGUUCUUUGAAGGACUGGAUGGCCAAUGUUGAUGACUAUGUCAGUGUCAUUCAGGCAGGGGCGAUUCCAGUUUGGAAAAUGUCCCGUUUUUUCAAACAUAUCAACAAGCAUCUCGGUGCCGUCGCGGAGACGCUCGACAAUGUGGCCCUUGCCACUCAACGCCAGGCCGAGCACCACAAGACAGCCCAAGAGGCAGUGAUGACGGCGGACGUGGAAAGAGAUGAAAUCGGCGAGUUACUGGGGAGAUUUGCACCCAAAAGUUCAGCUCCUGCGAUCACGCAGAACGGUAACUAA